AGGAGGAGCUGAAUGCCCCUCGAAAAUUGCGAAGAGGGAGGCAAAAGGAGAGCAGGAACCUCUUUGCUGAAGAGCACGUUUGAGAGGCUCUGUGGAAGCAAGUUUUCAACAUGAACCUGGUAGCAGAACUUCUCUGUCUGUUGGUGUGCCUCACCACUCUGACUUGUGACCGGGUCUAUGUCCACCCUUUCAAUUUGUUUUCUUUCAACAAGAGUACCUGUGAGGAGCUGGAAAGCCUGGUCCCAGAGGGAAAGAAAAGCUUUGUACCUGUCUCCAUUGAGUCCCAAACCACACCUGCCUACGAAGAUGACCUGAACAAGGACAAGGUGGAGGCCCCGAGCCACAGCAGCCAGGGGCAGCAGGCACUGAGCUACGUGAAGGACUUUGUGCACAUCCUGGGUGCGCGGUUUUACAGCACGCUGCAGGAAGCGCGGCGGGGCCAAAACCUGCUCGUGUCCCCAACUAGCAUUUACGGCUCCUUGGUGUCUUUCUACCUGGGUGCCUCAAACCAGACGGCAGCUGAUUUGCAGGGUUUGCUGGGAUUUGUUCCCCCCUCCGGAGAUCCUGACUGCAUCUCCAGGGUGUUCGGAAAGGAAGUCUUUUCCAGCCUGAAGAUGAUUGAAAACCUUGUCAAGAGCAGGGAGAAGGAGCUGCAGUUUUCCAAGGUGCUCUGCCUGUUCUCUGCCCCUGGCAUGCCUCUAUCCCAGCUGUUUGUGCAGGACUUGCUCCCUUCUGCUGAUGCUCUCUAUGCCCGAGCUGUUGACUUUACAAACCCAAGUGAGGCAGCAAAGCAAAUAAAUGCCUUCAUGGAGGCCAAAAGCAAGGGCCAAAGCAAGUGCCUACUGACAGAUGUCGAUCCAUCUGCUGACCUGCUGUUUGCAGUGGAUGUCUGCUUGGCAGUGAACGUUAAGCAAGUUUCCCAGCUCAAAGAGGCUCAGGAGUUCUGGGUGGAUUCAAACACGAAAGUCAUGGUCCCUAUGCUGUCAUUCACGGGGACAUUCAACUACAAAACUGAUGCCAGUGGGACUUUUUCUGUGGUGGAAGUGCCCAUCAGCAAGACCAUACUGCUGGUGCUGCUGCAGCCCAUCAACGACAGCGACGUGGAGUCCGAGCUGCCAUUGCAGUCCUUGGCCUGGCUCCAGCAGCUCUCCCCAAGAAAAAUUAAAGUAACACUGCCAGAGUUAACAAUAGAAGACAGCUCCGAUCUACAGGAGCUUCUUGCAAAUAUGGAACUGCCUACACUGCUGGGGAAGGGGGCAAAUCUCAGUAGAAUAAGUGAUGCCACUCUAACAGUUGGAAAGGUAAUAAAUAAAGCCUUUUUCAAACUGAGCGGUGGUGGAACAGAUCAGCCAGAGGACCCCACAGCACAGAAGGAAGAUGCAGUGUUCCUGGACGUAACGCUGAACAAGCCGUUCCUUUUUGCUGUUUUUGAAGAGAAGACAAGGGCAAUGCUUUUCCUUGGCAGAGUAACAAACCCUCUGCAUGGGGUUUAAAGGCAAGCACAGGGGAUGGCGAGGGUGGGAAUGAUGCACAUUUCCCAUCACCUUUUUCUUACUCAUCAGCUAUUUUUAUGAUCUCGUUGAGUGCUCUACUUAGCUUUGGUAUAAAGCACGUAGUGUUCGAAAUACAGCUUUUUGAGAGCUAAAACACUGCAAUAUUUAAUCCCUGUUCAUCUAUUUCAUGUGAGGUGACUCAAACUGUUCCUCCAGCUUCUCUUCUUUCCUUAUUCCCACUUUGUCUCCCUUCUGCCCCCAGCUCCCUGUUUUGGAUGCAGUGGGGACAAAGUAGUAGCAAGCAGGGCAGUGACUUCAAAAAUUGUUUUAUAAGCACAAGCAGCAUCUACUGUAGGAAGGUACAGAAAAGAACCUCUUCAUUCUAUAAGAGGUCACCUUGUAAUUUUUAGUUUGGUCAGUUUUGCAAGAGAGACCUUUUUUUAUGUUAAAGUUUUACUGUUACCCACAGAGAUUUCUAGCUUCAUCAGCAACAUUUUCCUUUAACAUGCUGCCAACAGCACGGGCAAGCUUUGCUUGUCCCACUGAGACAAGGUUUUUUGCUUUGGAAGCAAAAACACAUUCAAAGUUUCUUCUUCCUGCAGCCCAGAUGGAUACAUUCAUUUCUUAACUACAUGGAAAAAGCUAAAAAUAGGGUUUGGAAGCAUUAAUGAACUGUAAUGGAUAAAUUCUCAUUGCCUGACAGAAUUAUCCCCGAUUUUUUUAGAAAAAGAAAGAUGAGGCCUACUAUUCCAAUACAAUUCCAUUCCUUGGAUUGCUUUCUAACCUGAGAGACAUUUAUAACAGCCUUAUAAUGAAAAAGAACAUUACUGGUUAGAGCCCAGAUCCAUAAACUUUAACAUAUCUAAACCAUAUGUUCUUAAAGAAUAGUAUUAAUGGCAAUAAUCUAGUAUAAAUGGUGGAUGUGCUGCUACACAUGAAUGAAAAGGUUUCAAUGAUCCAAUCCAACUCCUAAUGGAGUCAUAAAGGUUUGAACCCUUAAACUGGAACAACAAAAUAUUAGAAGAUUCUUGAGUUAGGAAGUGAGGAAUUGGGAGUGAAAUCUUGGUACCAAGGAAAGCCUCUCAGUAGAACAAAGAUUUCAACCUCUCAUCUCUAGAUUUGUCUUCAGCACUAUUGGCAUUUAGAAAAUAACUGCAAACCUGUUUGGUGUAUGAUGCCAGAUGUAUCCUACAGAGCAUGGUAGCUCAUUGUCAUCCACAGUGGCCCAAAUGUCUCUCCAACUCAAACCCAAUAAUGCCAGUGGCUUGCUGUUGGUGAUGUAGACACAUGACAGAUCCUUCAGAAAAGACCAAUAAAUAACACAACUCUCGAGAAUACUGGGAUUUCAAGUGCUAUGACACAGCAGCCACAUAUUUACCUGAUUAUACUGUUAUGUAUUCCAGAUGCUCUAACAUCUAAAACAUCUAAUACUGUACUUGUAUACAGAAGCAAUUAACUAUAAAUAUGCAGAGAUGGAAAAAUGCAAAUAAACCCACUUCCAAGUUGUUUUGCCACAG